AUGGGUUGCCUUCGGAAACGGCGAAGUGUGAAAAAGAAUCCGUUGAAGAAUAUGCAGGUUCUUAUUAAAUUGAACCCAAAUGCCCGUGCUGAACGCAAUGCUCGUGUUACCCAAAAUAACUCGACUGUGAGACGCAAGCAUAAGAAGUCGAAGUUGUCUGCAAAAGCUAAGGAGGCAUCAAAGACGUCGGAUGACGCCAAGGCGUGA